CCCGCUUCACUUCCCGUCUUCUCCAGUAUAUAUAAGUAGUCCACAUCGCUCUCUGUUUUAUCCUCCUCAUCUCCUUCAAUCUUCUCACUGUACAAAAAAUGCAGGCUAGUGACAGGUUCAAUAUCAACUCCCAGCUUGAGCACUUGCAAGCUAAAUAUGUUGGAACAGGACAUGCCGAUUUGACUAGAUUCGAGUGGGCGGUAAACAUUCAGCGGGACAGCUAUGCAUCCUAUGUUGGGCACUAUCCAAUGUUGGCGUAUUUCGCCAUUGCAGAAAAUGAAUCAAUUGGAAGAGAACGUUACAAUUUUAUGCAGAAAAUGCUUUUGCCGUGUGGCCUUCCACCUGAAAGAGAAGAUGACUAAGAGUUGCAAUAAAUAAAGGCAAGAUGCAAGGACCAUAAACCAUAUGUUUUCGUUAUUUUUAGCUUCCUUGCAUUCUUUUCAUGUCUUGUCAACCCUACAUUGAACUCAAUUUGAAGUGUAAAUGGCCAAUUUGGUAGGCCAUUUAUGGAUGCUGUUUCAACCUUGGGAAAUAUUAAGCUUUUACAUUUGA